AUGGACGCCAGUUGUCAAUGCGGAGCGAUCAGCUUCAAGACGCCCGGUCAGCAGCCCCUAGCGCUCUACAUCUGUCACUGCAGCGACUGCAAGCGCCAAACAGGAUCGGCUUUUGGGGCGUCGGCCAUAUUUCCUCGUUUCCAGCUGCCAGAGACUGAGAUGCUCAGCUGCUACAAACGGGCCACUGCUUCCGGCGACACUCUAUUCUGUUACUUCUGCAAACAAUGCGGGACUCGUCUGCUUCAUACCAUCCCAAAUAAAAAUGUUGUUUCGGUCAAGGGGGGAUGUAUUGAGGGGUUAGAUUGGAAGUCGGCCAUCCACCUAUGGACCAAGUCCGCCAUGGUACCGAUCCCCGAAGGUUCGGAAACGCACUCGGAGGACUCGGGGAAUGCCUUCUAUGGGGCAAACCAGGAAUCACUCGACCAACCGAGUUCGCUGAUUCACACAGGAUUGAGCGCCGAGGAGUGA